AAUAAGCCCCGCCCUUCUCGGUGUAGCCCCUUUGUGCGGAUAAAGCUGCUCGCUAGCAGCGCUCUUCUCUUCUUCAAUCUGCUGCUUUUUCCUCCACAAAAUGUCGAGAGUUUACAUCGGAAGGCUGAGCUACCGGGCCCGGGAAAAGGACGUGGAGCGGUUCUUCAAGAGCUACGGGAAGAUACUCGAAGUCGAUUUAAAAAACGGGUAUGGGUUCGUUGAAUUUGAUGACCCGCGCGACGCGGACGAUGCCGUGUACGACCUGAACGGCAAAGAGCUGUGCGGGGAGCGAGUCAUUGUGGAGCACACCAAAGGUCCCCGCCGUGAUGGCGGAUACAGUGGUGGUGGUGGUGGGGGAGGCGGCGGCGGUGGUGGGGGUGGCGGCGGCGGCGGAGGAAGGAGUGGCUAUGGAGGACGCUAUGGGAAGGACAGGUACGGUCCACCUAUCAGGACAGACUAUCGGCUUAUUGUUGAGAACCUGUCCAGUCGCUGCAGCUGGCAAGACUUAAAGGAUUACAUGAGGCAAGCGGGCGAGGUGACGUACGCAGACACGCACAAGGGAAGGAAGAACGAGGGGGUGAUUGAGUUCAGGCUGUACUCGGACAUGAAGAGGGCUCUGGAGAAGCUGGAUGGCACCGAGGUCAACGGCAGAAAGAUACGCCUCAUCGAAGACCGCCCGGGCGCCAAACGCCGGCGCUCCUACUCGCGCAGCCGAAGCCGUUCCAGGUCCCGCUCCAGGAGCCGCAGGUCUCGCAAGAGCAGAAGCCGCAGCGAAAGCAGCAGCCGCAGUCGCUCCCGUUCCAGGCCUGCUUCUCGCUCCCGCAGUCACUCCAACAGCAAGAAGAGCAAAAGCAAGAGCAAGAAGGAAGACGAGCGCAGCAACGGCGACCAGAAGGACAAAGACCUGAGCAGGAGUCGCAGCCCCAAAAGCAAGAAGGUGAAGAAGGACGGGAAGGGCAAGAAGGAGGACUCCAGGUCCCGGUCCCGCUCCCGUUCCCUCUCCAGGAAGUCCGUCUCCAAGGGCCGCGACCAGCCCAAGAGCGACGACGAGGCGGGCGACCAGGAGAGGGGCUCUCGCUCCUGCUCCCCCGCUGACGUCAAGUCCAGAGCCAGGUCUAAAUCCAAGUCCCGCUCCCCCUCCCCCGUCAAAGCCCGCUCCCAGUCCCGGUCCGCUUCCCGCUCGGUGUCUCGCUCUAAAUCCCGCUCCCAGUCCCGCUCUCGUUCCCGCUCAUAGUUUUUGGUUGUGGACUGUUUGUCACCUGACCUCACCUCGUGCCCCCUGGCCCCGCCCCCAACACUUUUUGAUAAGUAGCUGUAGGACUCCGAGCACCUCAACUUCAUUUGCUUUUACUAGGUCCAAUGGAUUUAAGUUUCUUUUAAGUUUUAUAAAGUUUUAGCCCUUUUUUGUCCUCCGAUGUAGAAGUUUACUUUAUGCUCUGCUGUGCUCGCUUGGAAUAUGUGUAUAAUGUUUCACCUUCCAUUCUUGUAACCGUUUCUUUCAGAUUAAAAGUCAAAACUAAAAAAAGUUGUCUA